GAUCGGGGGCACUGUGAGUGUGCACUUCCGCUUUUCUUUUCACAACAAAAACACGACACAGAUGAUCUCAUUGAGUGCCGUCAGCUGACCAAAUGGGACCGUAUCCAGGAGCAGAUUCAGACGACACGUUUGACUAUUUAUUCAAGAUUGUGUUGAUAGGGGAUGCGGGGGUCGGGAAGACGUGCGUGGUCCAGAGGUUCAAAUCAGGGACAUACGUGGAGAAACAUGGCUCGACGAUUGGGGUCGACUUCACCAUGAAAACUUUACAGAUAGACGGAAAGCUGAUAAAGCUCCAAAUUUGGGAUACAGCAGGACAGGAGAGGUUUCGAACCAUCACUCAGAGUUACUACCGCAGUGCCAAUGGUGUAAUUAUAGCUUAUGACAUCACAAAGAAGGCUUCAUUUGAGAGUGUGCCGCGGUGGAUUGAAGAUGUAAAGAGAUAUGCAGGACCUAACAUUGUACAGUGUAUCAUUGGAAACAAAAAAGACAUGGAACAUCUGCGAGAAGUGAAUUUGUCGGAAGCGAAGGCCUUUGCUCAACAUCACGGCAUGAUCGACGCCAUAGAAACAAGUGCCAAAGAGAACACUAAUAUAGAAGAACUGUUUACAGAAAUGGCAAAGGAACUAAAGAAGAAGUAUGGUGGAGAUUCUUCUAUAGAGAACUCCUCCUCAACUAAGAUUCAGCUGAACUCUAGGACAGUGGGUGGGGGUUUCAGCUGCUGUGGCAGUUAAAUGUCUGUCUGUCUGUCUGUCUGUCUGUCUGUCUGGUUGCUGAUUAGUGGGACAGGCUCCUGCAGGCUGUUUACAUGUUAAUAUAAAAUAGUCAAGAUUGUGUCAAAGAAAACCAGGAUCCUUUAAGGCAAAAUCAGUCUGUAAUUUUUGUGAACAUUGCUGUCAAUUUGGAUAUACUGGUAAUGCAUUCCAUUCCUUUGAUUCCAUUGAAAACAAUUGAAUUUCUUCUUCUUAGAAAGUCUAUAUCUGAUUUAUAAAAAUCUACAAUUUCUGGUAAAGUAAUAAACAAGAUGUUAACAUUUGAAUUGUUAACAUUUUGAGAAUGUUGUACUAUAUAAAAUAGGUGCUUUACCCAGUGCUAUGUAUCUGGUCUAUGGAAUGUAGAUAAGAAUUAUUGUAUUUAUCAGGAAUACAGCUGGAUAAGUUAUUCUUAUUCUAUUUAAGAAAUUAAUAAUAUUAAUACAUGUACAUAUAAUAAUUUUAUCAUAUCUUUUGUUGUGUUAAUUGUAAUUUGUUGUCAGUCAUUGUGUUUUUGGAUUUUGCUCUGUUUUUUUUCACCCUUAUUGUACAUAAAAGUUAUUUCUUUUUAAAAUUUAGAAGGGUACAUCACCUAUUUUUUUUGUAAAACUGGUUGUAGUUAAUAGGAAAACUGUUUAAAAUGUGCAAUAUUUUCUCUUAUA